AUGGAUGCUGAAGAUCAAAUCAAUAGUGACUCUGCUAAGCCGAAGUCGGGUGAACCAACGGGGGCAUGGCGAGAAGGUACUCAGAGGCUCUUUCGAGAAGUUGCUAGAGACGAUGGAUGGUAUGUAGCCGAAUCCGACUCGGAGGACGUGUUCCAGAGAGAGAGGGAGGAGGAUGAGGAAAUUGAGGAGGAGAACUUUGAUCCGCGAUGUCCAUCGGUCCUAUUUACAGCAGCCCAGAAAAUUAAAUGGAGAAGGGAAUGGCGAUCAUCGCUGAUAGUCCAGGGACUCGGGAAGAAGGUUGCGUAUCUACCAUUGGCCAAGAGGCUGAACUUUCUGUGGGCCCGCCAUGGUGACAUUCAGAUCUCGGACAUGAAGAAUGGGUGUUAUCUUGUGCGGUUUCGCAGCCAGAAAGACUUUGAACUAGCAUCCGAGAGCGGACCCUGGCAAGUUGGGGACACUUACCUCACUGUUCACCGCUGGUUCAAAGGUUUUAAUCCGUGGAAGGCGAAAGUGACGACUGCAAUAGUCUGGGUUCAGCUUCCAGACCUUCCCAUUGAGUUCUUUAAUGUGGAAGCAGUCACCAUGAUUGCGGAGCUUAUUGGGAAACCGGUUAGGGUGGACCGAGCCACGGAGAUGGGGGCUCGGGGGAAUUAUGCCCGAGUUAGCGUUGAAGUGGAUUUAACGAAACCACUCCUAUCCAAGUAUAAAGUGGAAGGAAUAACAUAUAUUAUCCAAUAUGAAGGAUUGGAUAACAUCUGUGGGGAGUGCGGUAUGUUUGGCCAGUUGCAGAGUACAUGUAGCUGCAAGCACAUGGGGGAGGAGCAGUCGGUUGAACAUGUGGAGGAAGAUCGAGAAGAGCCGAUAGCAUCUCAAACAGAGGGUAAGAUCUAUGGGGAGUGGAUGUCAGUGAAGAAGAAGUCGUCAUGGGCUGCUAAAAGAUCAGGAAAUACGAAGAGGGCUGGCCCUAUCAACUAUGAGGCUGAUCAAAUAAAUCGUUUUGCGGCCUUGCAGGAGGAGGAAGUCGAGCCGAUUCGGGUAAGGGAGAAAAGUACGAGGAAGGAGGAGAGUAUGGGUCAGGAACAUGAUAGUACGAAGACGAGAGGAAGGGAAGAGCGUGGGGGCAAGAGAACUGAUAGCGCAAAGAUGAAAGAGAAGGAGACGAGUGGACCGACGAAGGCAACAAGUAAAGGAGGCACACCGAGUUCAGGCGGGAAGGGGACCACUACUAGCCCUCCGUUGAACUCUCCCAUAGUGAAAGAGGGUUCUGCGAAGGAAAAAAGAGGGAAUAAGGAUGGCAGCCCAAGCAAUGGAAACAAAAGUGAUCUCGCGGCGGUUACGUCCAGCCAUGCACCCCAUGCAAAGGAGGGGACUACCGGUAGCAAAAACAUACCCAGCUCAAAAACGGCAGGAGAUGGCAACCGGAGUGUAGAAGCUCAAUCAAAACUUUCUCAAGCUGAUGGUGCGGGGAACCGAUCCCCUUCUCGUAAUAAAUGA